AUGGUGCAGAAAUCCCGCAACGGAGGCGUCUACCCGGGGCCCGCCGCUGAGAAGAAGCUCAAGGUGGGCUUCGUGGGGCUGGACCCGGGCGCCCCGGACUCCAGCCGGGACGGGGCGCUCCUCAUCGCCGGCUCCGAGAGCACCAAGCGGGGCAGCAUCCUCAGCAAGCCCCGCUCCGGGGUCUCGGGCAGCGGGAAGCCCCCCAAACGGAAUGCUUUUUACCGCAAGCUACAGAAUUUCCUCUACAAUGUGCUGGAGAGACCGCGGGGCUGGGCUUUCAUUUACCACGCAUACGUUUUUCUACUAGUUUUCUCCUGCCUGGUGCUGUCUGUCUUUUCGACCAUUGAUGAGUACCAGAACAGCUCAGAAGGGGCCCUUUACAUCCUGGAAAUUGUCACCAUUGUGGUUUUCGGGGUCGAAUACUUUGUGAGGAUUUGGGCGGCCGGCUGCUGCUGCCGAUACCGGGGCUGGAGGGGAAGGUUAAAAUUUGCCCGCAAGCCUUUCUGCGUCAUCGACAUCAUGGUGCUGAUCGCAUCCAUCGCCGUGCUGGCGGCGGGGUCCCAAGGGAACGUCUUUGCCACCUCGGCGCUCAGGAGUUUGAGGUUCCUGCAGAUCCUGCGCAUGAUCCGCAUGGACCGGCGGGGCGGCACUUGGAAGCUCCUGGGCUCUGUUGUCUACGCACACAGUAAGGAGCUGAUCACUGCCUGGUAUAUUGGCUUCCUGUGCCUCAUUCUGGCCUCUUUCCUGGUAUACUUGGCCGAGAAAGGAGAAAAUGAGCACUUUGAUACAUACGCAGAUGCACUCUGGUGGGGUCUGAUUACUCUCACCACCAUCGGCUACGGAGACAAGUACCCACAGACCUGGAACGGACGGCUGCUGGCAGCUACGUUCACACUCAUCGGCGUCUCCUUCUUCGCCCUUCCUGCCGGCAUCUUGGGUUCGGGGUUUGCUCUGAAGGUUCAAGAGCAGCAUCGACAGAAACAUUUUGAGAAGAGGCGAAACCCAGCAGCGGGCCUGAUUCAGGCGGCUUGGAGAUUUUAUGCCACCAACCUGUCCCGGACAGACCUGCACUCCACCUGGCAGUACUAUGAACGCACCGUCACCGUCCCCAUGUACAGCACGCAAACGCAAACGUAUGGUGCCUCCAGACUCAUCCCUCCUCUGAACCAGUUGGAGCUCCUGAGGAACCUGAAGAGCAAAUCGGGACUGACAUUCAGGAAAGAGCAGCAGCCCGAACCAUCGCCAAGUCAGAAGGUCAGUUUGAAAGAUCGUGUCUUCUCCAGUCCCCGCGGUGCUGGCACCAAAGGGAAAGGCUCUCCACAGGCUCAGGGCAUCCGGAGGUCCCCCAGCGCUGACCAGAGCAUCGAGGACAGCCCAAGCAAGGUGCCCAAGAGCUGGAGCUUCGGAGACCGCAGCCGAGCCCGGCAAGCUUUCCGCAUCAAGGGAGCAGCGUCACGGCAAAACUCGGAAGAAGCAAGCCUUCCCGGAGAGGACAUUCCUGAUGAGAACAAAAGCUGCAACUGUGAGUUUGUAACGGAAGAUUUGACACCAGGACUGAAAGUCAGCAUCAGGGCAGUGUGCAUUAUGAGAUUUCUCGUCUCCAAGCGCAAGUUUAAGGAGAGCCUUCGGCCCUACGACGUGAUGGAUGUCAUCGAGCAGUAUUCAGCUGGUCACCUGGACAUGCUGUCCCGGAUUAAAAACCUCCAGGCCAGGAUAGAUAUGAUUGUGGGUCCCCCGCCCCCUUCAACUCCCCGGCAUAAGAAGUAUCCAACCAAAGGACCCAUGUAUUCUUCCAAAGAAUCUCCCCAAUACUCGCCUAGAGUUGACCAGAUCGUUGGGAGAGGAUCCUCCAUGACCGACAAGGAUCGGACCAAAGGGCCAGCAGAGGGGGAGCUGCCUGAAGACCCCAGCAUGAUGGGCAGGCUUGGAAAAGUUGAAAAACAGGUUCAAUCAAUGGAGAAGAAGCUGGACUUCCUGGUGAACAUCUACAUGCAGCAGAUGGGCAUCCCACCAACGGAGACAGAGGCUUAUUUUGGGUCCAAAGAACCAGACCCAGCACCUCCCUACCACAGCCCCGAAGACAGCAGGGAGCACAUUGACAAGAAUGGCUGCAUCAUCAAGAUCAUCAGGUCCACCAGCUCCAUGGGUCAGAAGAACUUCUCUGCCCCACCAGCCCCGACCAACACAUGCCCGCCCUCGACGUCAUGCCAGCAGCAGGUCUACCAGCGGCAAAGCCACGGCUCCUCACCCGUCGGAGACCCCGGCUCACUGGUCCGCAUCCCACCUCCACCCUCCCAUGAGCGCUCCUUGUCAGCGUACAGCAGUGGGCACAGGGCGAGCGCAGAGUACCUGAGGAACGAAGACAUUACAACCAAACACCAUGAGAGUGCCAUGAGAGACAGCGACACGUCCAUCUCCAUCCCCUCGGUAGACCAUGAGGAACUGGAGCGCUCUUUCAGCGGCUUUAGCAUCUCCCAGUCCAAAGAGAAUUUGGACAUCCUUAACAACGGUUGCUAUGCAGCCGUGGCCAAAAUCAGACCCUACAUUGCAGAAGGGGAAUCAGACACCGAUUCUGACCUCUGCACGCCCUGUGGUCCUCCUCCCAGGUCAGCCACGGGUGAGGGACCCUUCAGUGACAUGGGCUGGUCAGCCCCCAGACAGUGAAGCCUUCUCGCAGCCGCCAAGCCACGUCCGAGCGCUGGCAGCUGUCCGCUCCAGCUGUCCACGCGCCGAACUUCUCAAGGAGAUUGACAGCUAAGGUUUUCCUCCUUCUAGGACAUCCUUAGCUGGAGGAUACUUUCUUGCAGCUUACUCGGGGGGGGAACGAGCAGGUCUGAGCCUGCAUUUUCAGAAGAGGUCACGGUGGUGAGCGAACUGGAGCCAUGAAAUCCAGAUUUCUUUCAUAUUCUCUUUCUAAGAUCAUUAGGUGAAAUUAUUUCAUGGUGCAGGGUAGGCAAUUUGCAUUUCUUGGCAACCUUCAGAAGUGCAGGGCAGGAGUAAAUCACCCGGCCAGGGCUUUUGGAGGUCACAAUAACUGGUGGCUGACAAGUGUUACGGUGGAAUUGCCAUGCCAUGGCACUGGUGAUUACACCUUUAGGUGUUUUGGAGUCGCAGAAUGAACAUGCAUCUGUUUCUGGCUUAGAUUUCAGGUCACGUGUAACUAUGAGGGCGUUGUUACUCUGUGGUUUGUCAUUAACCAUCAGGAAGGUGGCAUAAUUCCAAUAUAAUACAUGGAAAAGUUGCGUAGGUCCCUGGAGGAGAGGGAUGGUGGCUGGAACACUUGUGUGAACAGAAGACAUGGCCUCAAAGUGGGACAGGUUAGGAUACUACUCUGAAGCAGAACAGUUUGGAAAUUAUCCCUUCUUAGGAAACUGAAAAACUCAGAAAUAUGAGCUUGAGUGCAAGAAAGGAGACAGCCCUGAGGGCAGAGAAAUGAGACAGAGACAGAGACAAGAGACUACAGGGCUGGAAUUUUAUGUUUUAAACCAUGUAUUAUAUUUAAUUAUCUCUCCUCCCAUUGACAACAGACCUGGAGGUGCUUUGGAAGCAAAGGCAAAACAAAGGCAACCCCUCUGGAGGGCUGACACGGGGUGAAGCCAUUCUCGUGGCCAGCCGUGCUGUUGUGGAGUCACGGCCACUAGGCCAAAGGGAAAAGGUGAAUAUGCAAGAAUCUGUAGUCCCCAUGUUGCUGCGAGUUAAGUGCUGAGCUCCAUCCGUUUGAAGCCCUGUUGGUCAGAGCGGGUACUUUUCUUACAGUUUGCAUUGUGCCUGAACACUUUUGCACACACUAUGCCCCGUGAAAAUCUUCCCUUUCUUCUUUUGCCCUGACAAGGAUCUCACACCCAUGUUCUCAGGACAUUCUUUGGUUUUGUUUGGAUCCCUCAAGCUGAGUUAAGACAUGCUUCUUCAUUUCUUCAUGGUCUUUCAGAAGCCUCUUGCCUGUGCUUGCCCACAUGUUGUGCCAAUCCAAGUCCACCCCAUUUCAUGGUUGUUAAAAGUACUUUCUUUUGGAAAGAGCAUUGUGUUGCUGCUGGGAACCUCAGCAGUGCAUUCAGUUGGGGGAAGGAGAGGGGAGAAGUUUCUUUUGGGACCAAAACAAAGUCACAAAGUGGUCAUUUACAUGGAUAGGUUGGUUGGGGUUUUUUUCAAGGGGGUGGAUCAGGAAAAUGUGUUUGGGAUGCAUCUCCAGGGCUGGGACACCAUGGCUGGCAUUGUGCCUCUAAACCCUCUAACCAUCUACAGCCCAAAUCCCAUGCGCGUUUUCUGCUGGGACUGUGUCUGUGAUUUCAAAUCCCUUCUCUCCAUGUUUUCUCUGUCAUACCAAGAGCCUGUUAAGAAUAUAUGGGUGACAACUUCCUUUCUGUGUGGCCUUUGAGAGGUUGAACAUUGACUUGCUUGGGGUGAAGAGAGAAUGGCAGCCUUUUUCUCUCCUCCUGUUUGCUUGACCAGAGGCAGCAAACCCUGGGAGACCCAGGACUAUUUUGGCCUUAGGGAAGAUGUGGGUGUAGUCUGACAGCUUGCAGACAGGAAAUAAAAUCAUCCUUUUCCUAGUGCUCCGGACCAACACACAGGUCUUCACAUAGGAUUGAGGAGUGGAGAAAGGCUCUGAACAAUUUCUCUUGCUAUUUUUCACCAUUCUGGAGUGGAAAACCUUUUUCUAGGAGGCAACAUGGGCUUCCAGCCAUGCUAGUUCCUUUCUUUCCCAUUUGAUCCAUUUUUUUGUUACCUCCUGCAAUUUUUCCCUCUCUGCUUGUGCUCCCAAACUCCUUUUGGCUCCAGAUUUCUUUGUGCAAAGUGAACCCCUUGACUUCCAUACAGAGAAACCUGCAAACCUCCAUACAGAGAAAUAGCUGCAAACUGUGCAGAUUUGCCCCUGAUUGGGCUGCAAAAUGAAAUGCCUUCUGACAGAGCAAGAAAUGCCAGCAAGUCCCACAUCAGUCUUGGUGGCAUGUGUUUUCUAGUAACCACAAGAAUGGAAAUUGCACUGGGUGAGGCAAAAGGCAACAUUGCUCCUGCCAGCUGCUCACAGAACAUUUUGUCCAAGUCAGAGAUAACCAAGUUUUAUUAUCUUAUUCAUUUGGAAUUACUUUUUGAGGCCUGCUGGAAAUUUGGCAUGGAAGGGCAUGAUAUAAAGGCAGGGGCUCCAGGUGAGGAUGAGGAUGAUGGCAUAUGGUCCUACUGCAGCACAGGUACGUGUCUGGUCUUUGAUAUAGGAGGGAAAGUCAACAGGACGUCAAUGCACAAUUUUUGUGGGAUGUAAUUUUCAGUGUUUCCUAAUUUUUCAGCCCUAUUGCCUCUAUUUUGAGUGUCCUUUUCCUAGUUCUUAUUGCAAAAUCCCUUUCUCCUGUCCAGAUGACGUUACAGACUUGAAAGCAGAUACUAGAAAGCCAGUGUGUUCUGAGGAGACUUAGUUCCGCUGUGUCCUCUGAGUUUUCCACAGACUGAAAUCUGGCAGUCUUGUACCUCCUUUAGGGACUGCAUAGGAAGAACUGUAUAUUCCCUCUUCAGAUAAGUUACUACACCAGAGUUUAUAAAGAAUUUUGGAUUUGUAGCUUUAGAAGGUGUUGGAUUUGUCCCACAGUCACUGAUAGAAACCAGCACAGAUUGUAUCUUGCUGCUACAAAUUUCACAUUAUCGUAUUUUUGAAAGGUUUAAGAAAUAUUCUGCCUUUAUUCACGGCAUCAUUUCUAAGAAAUUCUGACACACACCUCCAUCCACAACCACGCCAUGAAUUUUCACUUCUCAUUCAUUCAGGCAAAUAGGCUGAUCUGGAAUUUUGGGUUAAAUUACACCAGUUACCUCCAAAUAAUGCUCUUUAUUUCCAUGAAAUUAUUUCUGCCUGCAUAAAUGAGAACAGAGCCUGCUUACUGACAUAAAUUAUUUCAUUCCUGUCCUAAAUCAUAGUCCAUUACUUCCUGCAAAGUCCUAACUUUCAACUCCUCAAUUCUCACAUGCCUGUAUCACACGCUCCUUGUGGUAAUCUCCCACAAGAAGUCUUAGAUUAAAAGAAAAUAACUUGGUUUUGUUCUGCUAAUAAGGCAGUCCCGAUGAUAAAGACUUUUAAAAGGAUGGACAGGCAAAUUUUGUCCCUCUGCUGAUCCUCUCUUGGGCUGAUCUUUGCUCCCCUCUUCCUCCCAAGUCUGGUUCUGCAUUUUUUGGAGGACAGAAACAGGUUUCAGACAAUGCCAAGUGUGAACAGAGGAAGCCAAAGGGAGCUGAAGAAGAUGUGAAAGCCAAAUUUCCAGCAGGCCACCUUGAGCUGCUCCAGGGGUGCCCGUGCCCACACGUGGGUGUGUGCCCAGAGCCUGGUUUUGAGGUGCAUCUGUGCUGAAUGUGAAGCCGUGGCCUUGGACCAGAACCUGGGAUCUGGUCUCCAAGAAACUUUUGGACUCUUGGACUGGGUCUAGGGCUGGAGAGGAGUACUGCAAAUGGCCCUGCCUGUGGGAUGGAGCAACCCCUGAGACUGGGACCUGAAGCCGCAGGCAGUUUUGGGGUGUUUCAAGUCCACGCGCGAGUUCAAGUUGUCUCAUGAGUUCAUGUCUCUAAACAGAGAUGUUGCAAUCUCUGUGCAGGUGGCCUUUCAUAAUGUGACCCCGAGACAUAGGAACAGAGCACUAGCCAUAAGUAAAAUUUCCCAACAUUUGGGAAGGGACUUUAAUGUUACUCAAGUGCAGAUUUUGUAUGUGAAUUUCCUUGUUGACUCAUUUUCUUAUUAAUAAUUUUUAAAACAGAAAUGUCAAGGAGCUCACUGAAAACAAACCUCUUGUCCAACUCAGAAAGCCAUUAUAUUUCUUUACACAGACUAUGUGAUAGAUUAGGUUUUCUAAAAAUGUAUUUUGUUUCAAAUGCUGCUUAAUAGAUCCAAUAAAUUCUGCAGGGUCAUUGCUAUUUACAGAUAAAUAGGUAUAUUUUUAAAUUUUUAAUUGAUUUUUAAGAUUUUAAAUUAUGUGACUUUUUAGAACAAGUUUGUAUAAUCUACCUGAGAAGACAGAGCAUCACCUCAGAUACAGAUGCUCCCCUUCCUAACAGUUACCCAAAAGAAAAACAUGUUUACUCAUAUUUUUCUCAAGAGGGAGCUACUGCAAACCUCAUUUCCCUUAUAUCCUCAGACCACUGUGGUCACAGCAACAUUAUUGCUAAAAACAAAAUAUAAGUAUUAAAAGAGAAACUGAAAUUCCUAAGGCAUCCCAUAUAAAGACCCUUAGCAGUGAGUAUUUUACUGGGAAUGUUAAAAAGCCCAGGAGCAGGCUAAGGAUUUCUGUUUCUCCAUCCACACUUGUGUGCACCCUCAGGGUGAGUGAGCCCUAAGCCUCCAUCCCUUUUUUCCCAGCACGCUUGUGGUCCUCCAACCCACACACCUGCCUCCUCUGUCACCCGCGCUCCAUCAUAGGCCAGCGUCUUCGGUUUUCAUCAUCUUCCUUUUCGUGAACCAGAAACAAGGAAAUCAGAUACAAAAGCUCCUUCACCUGCAAGUAACAUUGAGGCUGCGAUGCGGAGGGCCAUGCCAUGGGGGUGAGGGCGGCAGCCCCCUCCGAGCCCUGCGUGGGUCACUGCUGCUCAGCGGUGUAAAAGCAAACCCUUGCUUUUAGCACACAAACACCCUGACUUUUCUGCGUCACAGAGCAAAAUCUGCUUAGAGCAAGGGUCUGGGUUGGUUGGUUUUUUAACAAGAACAAUAGGGUUUUUUAAAAAAAUAAUAAUAAGGAUAAUAAUGCAUAGGAAUCUUCUUUAGUAUAUCUUAGUGUUUGAUGCCCCAGUGACACAAUACUGCUUGCCUUAUAUUACUGUCUAGAGGGAGAGGGCUUACACACCUUUUGAUACAGUAAUAAUCAUGCUUAUAAUUUAGGUAGCAGCAAGGAGCGGCUGCUGCAGGAUGAGCAGCCAGGUCCUUUUUAACAUAUGAAUGUGCUUUCGAGACUAUCUCACUGACUGUACUCAAUUUUGCCUGCUACUGCAUGCAGCCUGAGAUGAGUAGACAGCAAUAUGCUCCAGCUGUAUCUGCACUCCCAGAUUGCUGUAGUAUUUGAUGAGGUAACAUUGCCAAAUGCAUCAUUUUUGGGAGAGGCUAUCCUCCCAGUGGCCCAUCACAUAGGGUGCUGCGGUGCUUCUCUAGGUAACACAGAUAUACCAAGUGUCUUUCACGCUGCGACUGAUCAUUGCCUCAUCCCUCUGAUAAAGCAUGCACAACCUCCACAUCUACUGCUUGUAACUAAGGGGUUAAGAAACCCCCCACGUUUGUACCCGUGGUUCCUUGAAACGUGUACAUGGGGAUGAAGAAAUACAAACUGUGUUGGCUGUGUAUAACAACCUCCUUUCCAUCCAGAUGCCUCUGACGGAGAGCAUCCCAGUUACCCCUGUCUGAGGGUUUGGAGGAGCAGGCAGAACAAGGCAGGCAGUGCCAAGGAUGGAGGCCUGGUCUUCAUUUAGGAGGUGCCAUUUGAACCCACAUGUGUGGGACUUGCCAUACGUCUGUUUGAAUUCCCACAGGGUUCUCUUGCCUGCAUCUGGCUCUGGUGUGCACGUGUUUGUGCCUGCAGCCCAGCCCGAGGGGGAUGUAACUCCUAAACUUUGGAAACCCCUCUUUGGAAAUUUCAUCCACCCUUGUCUACAGCCCUUGGGGGUUUCAGGGACCCUGCAGCUGUGCCAUAUCCAUUCCUUGUGGAAGCAUCUCUUGCUCUCCUUAUGGAGAGGUGCUGAGCUACCUUUAUAUAUACUCCAUAAAUUUUUUGCCACAGUUCUCCCUGCGGAAACACCAGACUGUUGUGAGGCCUUCAAGGUUUGCCCACCUUACUGGUGUUUGCAGUCUCUUGUAUCUCUUCAUGCUGCUGCCAUAAUCUAGUUUGGCACUGGUCCCACAUUCUCACCUUCCUGUCCAGACUAUAUACAAGUGAAGAUGUAAUGCAGGAACUCUGCACUGAGACUUGCUUUUGGCCUGGCAUCACUAGAUGCACCAGAGAGCCUUUGUGUUUUGUUAGCAUGACACUUUUGCUUUUUAUUGGCAAUUUAUUUGCUUUCUCAUUGAGCCACUGUGGCCUCAACACAUCCCUGGUUUGUUCUGCUGGAGCCUUUCAGCGCAGGGAUGGAGUCUAUUUUGCCCCACUGUACAAUGCCCUGUAACGGUUUGGCCCCUUGGCUUUAGCUGAUUGCAGUGAAACAGCAAUGAGGGUUUGAUUCAGGUUUUCUUGUCAAGCUGAGCAUCUCAGAGAGGAGCUUACAGACUCUAACAGUGUUGAUGCUUUUGCUCCCUGAAGCAAGAGCUUCUUUUGAGAUGCCUGUUCCCUUCAGCGGUCCAUGCAUGUGGCUUUGCAUGCCAGGCUCCAGCUUGAUAAUGGAGAGAAACAAAGCAGCUGGUCCAAGCUGUGCUAUUUCCAAAGCUGCCAGUGAAUGUGGAAGCGUCUUGCCCUCUUCUAAUUCCUGUAAAUAUAGCCACAGAUGACUUGUUCAAGCAGCAUCUGUUUGCCUAGUCCUGAGAAACUUGAGCUAACUGCAACUGCAAAGCUUUCCAAAACUCAGUGCCAAGCUCAGGCUAGAUUUCACCUGCAGCUACACCUAUAAUUUUAAGGCAGAGUUAAUGGUUUCAGGUAGAAGCCGUACCAAAAUCUCUACUUUGGGUGGCUCUGGCCCAAAACCAAGGCUGAACGUCAUGCUGCUGGUGAAGCCUCCCCUGGAAUUUUGGCUCCAUUUGACACUGAUGACUGUGGACCUGGGGAGCUGCUCUCUCCAUCCCACUCCACACAAGAAAAGGUUGGCACAAGCCUUGCAAGCCACAAUGGAGAAAAUGCCUCCUUAUCUUACCAUGCCAUGGGCACCUGUUAAAAGUAGAAGCAGCAUUUCAUGGUAAUCCCUUAAACCUGACCAACACAGUGGCCAUGACCCAGUGUUUCACAGAUGUAGUAGUGCUCAUGAAAGGCAUUUAUUACAGGUAUGGAUAUAGAGGGCUCAGUCCUUUAGCAUCUCUGUAGACAGCAUGUUCAGCCUUGCUGAUGGCCUCAGGAGAAGUCAUCAAAGCUGGUGACAGGUCUUUUCUGUCCUGCCUGGUUACACUGGUCCAGCAUCUUCCCUGGAGCUGAAGAUCUCCCGUGCUCAGGGUGGGGAUCCUUUUGUGUUGGUUAUUCUUCCCCAACACCCAAACCCAAACCCUAAAAUUUGAAGUUUCUUCACUUUUUCACAAAUAAAUUAAUGCACGGGGUAGAGAACCUGAGACUUUCAGGAGCACCGAGGCAAAACAAGAUAUAGCUGAUAAAUGACAGAUUUUGUUAUUUUAAAUCAAAAGCAGAUUUUAAACAUAGUUGCAGUUGUUGCACGGUAUAUCAAAUGCUUUAGGAGAUUCAAUAAAUUAUUCUUAUAAAUGUUUUAUUCUUUUAUCAGUAAUUCGUAUAGGUGGAUGCCACUGUUCUUAUACAGCAGUGCUCCACACACUAAAACUGUAUUCCUGUUUCUCCAGUAUAGACAUUGUAUUUAUGAAAUUUAUCUUACUUAGUGUCACUUUGGCACACAAUCCACGUAUAUACUGCGCACAGAUUGCACAUUACAUGCCAAAUGCUCAUAGGUAUCACUCCAUGUUAUAAGAGUAUGUGUGUUGAACAGACACCAAACGAAGUGUUACCUGCCUAUUUUGUGAUGUGACUCAACAUAACUGGGAAGAGAGAAGAAUGAAGAUCUUGUUUUGUUAAGAGAUACACUGCAUUUGAAUGGUCUUUAAAGAGAUUCUACCAGGAAGCUAAAAUAAAUGAGAUUGCUUCUGCAAUGUUACUUUAAAAAUACCUGAACAAAACAAACACACGCAGCCCAAAAAUACUUAACAGCUACUGUAUUUCUAUAUAUUCUUCAUUGCUAUUCAUCUGAGCUGUAAAUUCUGUACAGAUUGAAUGAAGUUCACAGUUUAUCUCUGUCAUAACCUGCAGGAUAAAAGGACAACACAACUUUGGCUGCAAAAGUGUGUGCAUGUUGUUUGCAUACAUGCCUAUACAUAUUGCUGUAUAUGCAUGUAUAUACAAAGAUGCACACACGCGCUUUAAAACAGAUAAAGCUGCAUCUGAGAUGCACAAGGGGAAAAAAAGUGGGUUUUUUGGAUGUGGGAGAGUGGGUAAAACCAGAAGAAAAGACUAUUUCAAUUAUCUAUUUCUGUCGAAAAGGAAGAUUUGCAAAGGGGAUUGAUGUGUAACUGCUAUCCCAAGGAGAAAUCCCACUUCUGAAGGUAGCACAGGCCACACAGCAGUGUGAUGCAGUUGCUUUAAAUGAUAAUUUUGUUGGCUUCCUUUCAAAGAAAUAAAAAAAAGAACAUAGUGGCCAGUGCCAGUUCCAAGUCCGAACCAAAAAGACCGUUCCUUAGAUACGUGGCCAAACAGUUGUCCUACGCCAUCAGAGAGCCAAGGGCAGAGAUUCGUGUGCUGUGACAGGGUGAUGCUGACGGCAGCGGUGCUGGCUGAUGGGCAGUGCCAUGGUGCCCCGCAAACCCGCCAUUGCGUCCCCCUUCAGUACGGGCUGCUGCCCUGGCAGAGAUCCAGCCGCCCUCUGGGUCCCGCUCUUACCUUUGCCUACAUAUUUAAAAGACCCCCUAGUUAAGAGACAUUUGAGAAAAGAGUUAUCACAAGCCCAUUUUUGACCUUAGAGUUAUGAAAGAAAUGACAAAGUUAUAAUCAAUAAAUCUGCUUUUCCAAGCAGGUCAGCCCCCAGACUCCAAUUGCCCCUAUACAGAGAUUUCACCAACCUCAUCGAAUUAAUCAUCCUCUAGGAUUUAAUUUUGCCCCUAUUUUUACAGAUAUAAGAUCUGUAUUGGGUAGAACUUAUCCUUCGGUGUUUAAUCUAAACCAGACAAAGGCACGAAGAGCUAACUUUUCCAGUUAAAUACUGCUGGAUGCCAUUGAAAAUAUAGUAAUUGGGUUUUUGCACUGGCCUGAAAUUCAUCUCUAGGUCAAAGUUAGCAGUUGUAAGAGCCACUUCAGUCCCAAAUGUGCUUCUAAAGCAAAGGCUACAUCCGUGGCUGGAGUGUGUUGCCAUUUCCCUGAGAUAUCUUGAAGCUAUCACAGAUUGUCACAGGGUCUGGCUCAUUUGGCCUGAACUAGGCUAAAAAUGGUUCAUGCAUUUGUCCUGCUGGUGAGCUAAGAGGUGAAUUUCACACUGGGACAGGCCGUUCUUGCUUGGCGCGAGUGCGGGUGCUGCACACCUCGCCUCCCGCUUGUAAACAUCUGAGGCUCAGUUGAGCAUGAAAGUUUGGUUGUCCUUUAGAAAGCAAAGACAGCUGCUGCUUUGCUUCCUUUAAUUUGCUCUGUUGCCUUGGCUUUUUUGCACUUUCGUUUCAUCUCCAAAGAAUCUCUCAUAAUGCCUUUGGUACUCAAGUACAAUUUUAAAACAUUUUGUAUGUAUUGAAUGGCACACACUUUCUCUUGUAAAAUAGCAAUCGGACUUUUUCUUUUUUUUUUUUUGUGAAUGUGUAAUUUCCUCUGUACAUUUCAACCAUGACUUUGUGCAAUGUACAUUUUAUAGGGACAGAUGCCAAGAGAAUGACCUGUAAUUUUGUAAGGAAAUAGCUAGAAGCCGAACAACAUAGUCACAGAUGGUUUUACAUUAACACCGUGGAAGAUCAAUGUAGCCCAGACUUCUACACCGAAGCGUUGAGCAUGAUGCAGCGUGUACCUUCACAUGAGUGACUGUGGCAGCUGCAAAACUGUAUAUGUGUGAUAUUAAAAACAACAGCGACGGUUGCAAUCGGGAGGGAAGUGGAGGAAAAUUAAAUAAUCACAAUCAUUAAUUUAAGCCUCAAAGCAUCAGAAUGGAAAGUUUGCAUUCAGUAAAAAUACCAGAGAUUUAACCUUCAUGAGAUGAAAUACACAUUUAUUUUUCUUUGCA